UACUUAGCUAUUGAGGAGACAUGUGAGUUUGGUCAUCUGAGUAAGUGUCUCUUGGACCAGGACUAUGGAUUGAAGACUCGAGUUUCCCUGACGUAGACCGCAACAAACUCACGCAUAGUGCCUCAUGUGUCAACUACUAGGGCGGGGUAUGCUCGCUGUGUCACAAGCGCCUAGUGCCAUCGCUACUUUGUGAGGUGCCGUUGGCACAUUCUGGUGGUGUGCUUGGACUGUGGAAUUGGCCUUGUGGCUUAUAUUGACAUAACGUUUUAUGACUGAACAUUGUCAUUCCAACAUCAUGCGUUCUCGACAAGUACCUGUCUAUUCUGGAAUCUUGUUUUUGUCGUGUGUCUGGAUACAAGGAGUGGACAGUACACCUAAAGAAAUUACAGUGACACGUGGGUAUACCCCAAAUGCAACAGUUACUGCGGGAAGGGAUGCUGUGUUAGUCUGCAAUGGAGAACCAUCAGACAUAGGCAGCUGGUAUAAAGUUGGCUACAGCAAGUAUAUUGCGUAUAUAUAUGAAGGGCCAGGAAACUGCACGUUCCGCUCGAACCAAUCUCUGCCUGGCCUGGAAUUAGGAAGUUCAGACUGCAGAAAACAUGCUCUCAGGAUCUCAAACAUCAGCAAGAUACAUGAGGGACGGUGGAGGUGUACGAUCACAAUUGGUGAAGAAAGGGCUGUCAAUGUUCAUGUUGUGGCAUCACCUGCAGAAACAACAACUGUAAAAACGAGUCUGUCAUCGUUGACAACAAGGGUAACACCAGAAUCAAAAACAACGAGUCUGUCAUCGUUGACAACACCAACAUCAGAAUUAACAUCCCACUUCACUGCUUCGGCUGGUAUCCCAGGCUCUACUCCUGACGCAACUACUGAGUCGACAGCCCCUGACACGGAUACAAGCAGUGCUGGGUAUAAAACGGAAAGCAGAACCCAGGACUCGGUAAAUCCCCAAACACCAUCUGUGACUUCCAUGACAACCAUCCUAGGUGGAACUGUUGGUGGCGCACUGGUCCUACUGGCUGCUAUCAUCACCGUUUGCUGUUUACUUCGAUCAAAGAAAGAAAAACAAAACAAUGGCUCAGCUCAGGAGCCUGUCAAUGGGGAUCAUAGACAUCAAGAUCCCGAACAAAGAGAAGAUGCUGGGAUGGCUGACAACGUCCUCUAUGACAGUUACGGUGGAGACGUGGGACAGGCAGCUAAACACCAGGAUCCCCUGGUGCUCGCUGGUAGAUCUCAACCUGACAGUGUGGUUGGAGACAUAUAUGCCAUCCCGGAUAAACAACGAACAUCAACACUGAAUGCUGAGUCCCCUGGUAGAUCUCAACCUGACAGUGUGGUUGUAGACAUAUAUGCCAUCCCGGAUAAACAACGAACAUCAACACUGAAUGAGGGGGCAGCUGCAGGUGAUGUAUAUAGCGUGGUACAGAAACAACCCAAGUCCGAAGGUGAAACAAUGCAACUCCAGUCAACGGACAAAGAUGCUGAGAUGUCCGAGCUGUACAGCCAGGUUCAGAAGCCCCAGAAGAACGGGAAGUGAGACACGAGUUGAAGACAUACGGCCAUGUCCCAUACAGUGGAGUACCUUUGUAGACUAUACAUGUGAUGUAUCAUUUCAAAAGUUGAUCCUUGUCGUCCGGGUCUUUCAACACCACGUGAUCAGACAAAAAAAGCAAAUGAUUAUUGAAACUUUCUACUUAAAACAUGACGAGAGAAACGUUUUAAUACAUAUUUUGUAAAAAAACUGUCCAUAGAUAACCCUAUAUUUAUUGUUUCAAUGUUUCUGGUACAGUUCUAGUCAUUUUGUUAACACUCUGUCGUAUGCUACACGUAUUGAUGUCAGUUUGUUAUCUCUUUGCUGUAUGCUAGACACAGUAAUGUCAUUUUUAUAAUACUUUGCUGCUGGACGUAGUAGUGUCAUUUUGUUAACUCUUUGCUGUAUACUAGACGUAGUAUUGUCAUUUUGUUGACACUUUGCUGUUUGCUAAACGUAGUAUUGUCAUUUUGUUGACACUUUGCUGUAUACUAGACGUGGUAUUAUCAUUUUGUUGA